GGCUAUAGGGCUGAAGCCCCCCCCGAAAUAAGGAAAUUUUUCAAAUAAAUCGCAAAUAAAAAAGAUUUAUCACUGUCUGAAUCUUUUGAAACUCUUAUACACAAUUCAGCUCAAACCUAUAACAGUCGUACGCAACUACACUAGACGGUGACUGAAAACUUAUCAAAAAUUAUACUUAAGCGUUGAACAGAUCUCCAUCUUGAUAUGGCGAAGUUGGUUGGACAGGGAUAUGAUGGAGCAGCAAACAUGUCAGGGCAUUUAAGUGAAGUGCAAACCAGGAUAAGACAACUGUAUCCAAAAGCACGAUAUGUUCAUUGCGCUAGUCACCGAUUGAACCUUGCGCUUUCUAAUACUAUGUCAUUACCUUCAAUACGGAACUGCCUUGGUAUUGUCAAUGAAAUAGCAAAUUUAUUUAGAAACCAUUCAAAUGCAAACACAACUUUCCAGGACGUUAUACAGAAGCACGCACCAGAAAGCAAAAAAAGACGACUUGUUCGCCUUUGUGAAACAAGGUUUAUAGAAAGGCAUGAAAGCAUUAUAAGCUUUGUGGAGCUUUUCAAAUUCAUUGUACUAAGUUUGGAAAUAAUUUCGAGUAAGACAUGGUCCAUUUCGUCUAAAGCAUCAGCCUUCUUAGCAGCGGUAGAGAAAAGCGAUUUUUUGCUUAGUCUAUUCGUCUGUGAGCAAUUGUUCAGCUUAACGCUGCCACUGUCUGUGCAACUCCAAGAAAAAUCUAUGGAUUUUUUAUCAGCAAUAAACCGAGCCAAAGAAUUAAUAAGAACUCUGCACCAGAUAAGAGAAACAGCGGAUGGUUUUUUCAACGAUAUUUUCCAAACAGCAUCACAAAUGUCUAAAGAUCUUUUUGACAUAGAUCUUGUAGUGCCUAGAGUGACUUCGCGUCAAACAACUCGUGCUAAUCCACCUUGCACAACCCCUGAAAGCCACUUCAGAGUUACAAUAUUUAUUCCAUGCGUUGAUGCUCUGAUUCAAAACAUGACAGAACGUUUAUUAGUGAAUGAGGAUAUACUCUCGUCAUUUCAAAUUCUACUCCCAGGUUUUGCUGCAAUUGAUAAUGCCGAAGAAUUAAAAAAUUUAACUAUUUACUUCGAGGAGCAUAUAUCAAUGAUAUCAUUAAAAUCAGAGUAUCGAUUGUGGUGUGCCAGCUUAUCAACAAUAGAUCCAACCAUAGGAGUGUUGAAAUUACUGCAACAUUGCGAUGCAACGUAUUUAAAAAAUAUUCACUACCUGCUUACAAUUUUAGCAACUCUUCCAGUGACGACCGCUUCCUUCGAAAGAACUUCUUCAACCUUAAAAAGAAUAAAAACUUUACCACGCAGUGUGAUGGGCAAUGAGCGGCUGAGUGCACUUGCUGUUAUUGCAGUGCACUGGGAUAUUAAAAUAGAUCCAGAUGAAGUAAUUAAUGAUAUGGCAAGCAAGAAGAAUAGAAAAAUAUUACUUAUUUAAGUUACAACUACCAAAUAAUUUAAGUAAUAUAUAUAUGAAUUUAUAUUGUUUUUUUUUAAUAAACAGAAAAUUUAAAGUUUAUAUAUGUUUUUACUUCAGCCCCCCCGAAAUGAAAAGCUGGCUACGGGCCUGCAUCUAGAUGACAUAAAGCAAGAGGUACAGGAGAUAUUGGAUAUGCUAAAAUUUUGAGAACAUCAAUUUGAUGGUCCAUUGAAAUUCAGUUAAAUUGUUAAAGGAAGGGAAGUACUCAAAUCGUGCGAUUGUAAGGAGAAUAGGGAGGUCUGAGAACGUAAUCCGUAAUAAAAAAAAAAGUAACCAAAAACUGACACUCCGUCAAAAAGGGCAAAUACUCCAUGAAGCAACAAAUAAAUAUUUGAAUGAUUAUUUGCUAACUGCGUUAUACCUAGAUAAUUGAAAUUCUUUCAAAAUAUAUAUAUUUUUUAAUAUCAAUACCUUAUAUGUUUUAGUAUAUUGUUUAGAAGAGAGUACUAUAGCCUAGAGUGAAUGAAAUAAUAAUCUUUAGGGGAAAAAUGAAGGAUAGCUACAAACAGUCUAUGCAUAUACCUGACCGGAUGUUAAUAAAGAUUAUGCUGUCUGCUGAAGUGAGUCCACAAUAAAAUCGUCUGCCGUGAUUAAAAUAGGUUUAUAAGACCCUAAUGAAUAAAAUAUAUUAAUGGCAGAUCUGGUCAAAUACUUUUAAAAUUUUAUUUUUUCAGCACUUUCAAACCCGUCUGCUGCAAUGUUAAACGCGCGAUAAUGGUCUGCCAUUGUUUUUUUUCGAUAAUAAUAAUAAUAUAUUGUAAAAUUGCAAAACGGCGGACGUGGUCAAAUACAUUUAAAUUUCACCAAAAAUCGAUACCUGUGUUACCUUGGCGCGGCGCGUCCGCCACGUUGGGCUUAGUGAGUCCCCAUGUCAUGUGCAAUAAGCAUAGGGGCCUCACUUGACAAAACCCUAGGUCUGGUCAAAUACAUACUGGUAGCUUUUCACUGGCUCUUAGACUAUAAAUACAUUAAAAGAUAAUGAAGUGCAAUUAAAAGCAAUACUUGAUUGUAACGCAAAAAAAGUGCGCGAAAAAGUUAAGAAUAUUGGAAAAAUGGAUAACAAACUAUGCAUUGAUAAUUUUCUGCCAUCUAAAAAUAUUUAACAUGUUUUUGCACAUAGUUUAAUUAACAAUUAGCUGUUUACCUCUGAUGCUGUAAACACAAACAAGGCGGCAGAUUUGAAGCUAUGUACAUCUGUCAAACCAUAGCAAAAACUGGCCAUUUUUGGGCAGUGUUGCCUACUCAAAUUUAGUAAAUUCAGCUAAAUGCACGAAAUUUUUGUGCAUUACUAAUUUGCAUUAACAUGGCUCAAAUGCGCUAGUUAAUACAAAUUAAGACCUUUAAUGCAAAUUAGCGCUGUCGUCUGUCAGGGCUACUAUACACUGCAAAUUUACCAAUAUAUUGCCGAAAGAUGUCGUUUACGCAUAGUUGAAAGAUUGAGUGUACGUUUUUCAAAACAAACGGUACCCAAACAAACUCAUACUGUUAUCCAUUGACUGCAAAAGCGGUCUUUUCUCUAUCAAAUUCCUUCGUUAAAAUUUGGUGGAAACCUGAUUCUAAAUCUAUAGUUUGCUUUUCCUAAAUUUUAUAGUCAUAUUUACGUCAGGUAUUGGAUAUCUAUCUGUGUGUGAGCAUUAUUUUUUUGGAAAUCAACUCCAUUCUUCGGCUAGUGUUUUUCUUCAUUACCAAAUUUUUUUCAUUUCGUCCAGUAAACCAAUCUAUUUAUAAUUGAAUAGAAAUUCAUAUUUGUGUUGUGAUUGGUUAGAAUAUCAGCUGCUGCUCCCGUUAUUUUUGUGCGUAUUAUUACAAGAGCACUGUAGUAUAUGGGGUGGCUGGAGAAACCUUUUAUACUAUUCAUAAAGGUCCAUAGUUGUGAUCUCUACGAUCUAUACUGGCUUUUGCUUCCAUCGAACCGUGGCACUCCCAGGUCAAUGUUCAUUGGGUCGUUAAUAAUCGAGCGUAUUGCUUAAACGAUUGGUUUGAGUCAAUCGCUGCUAGCUAGUCGAUUCUCAUCUCAAUACAUUACUGUUGCAAAGUGUGGAAGAGUACGUCAAUGUGGGCGCGCAGUUGCGUCAUUUCUGAAAUCAUCGUAACUGCUUCUGAUUGUCGUCGACUACCGUGAAUUUCUAUCCUCUUACUUUGCGGAAGUUUUUGAUAUAUAAGUAUGCUUACUUUGUGUCGAGGACUACAGUGUUUUUCAUCAAGACCGUGGAUUUUGUUCGCACUGCCUGUUGGCAAUUUAUUUUGCGAACCCGGUUGAGCACCCAGUUAAAUAUCGUUUUCGCGAUAUAAGUAAAAAAGAAGUAUUUUUAUUUUGUUACACCGAAGUACGUGUUCUUUAUUAAUAUUAUUUUUAGACUGACUUAUUACAUGGUUCUUAUUUCUAUUUAUACUAACUAGCAUACAAGUAUACUUGUAUUUACUUAUUACUAUUUCAUAGAUUGUUUAGAUAUACACCCCUAUUCUUUGCACAUGACAAAUUAAUAAAAUAUUGAAAAUUAAUUCAAAUAUUUAUCAAGUAAGAAAUAUUGUGGUAUUUUGUAGCAAUCUUGAUAAAAAGACAAGAAGCUUCAGUUCGCAAAGCUUUUCCUCACACGUGUGGUGAACAAAAUAAUGUAAAUGGCAACAGCUGAUUUCUAUUCAAAUUAUAUUUAUUCGUUAAAACGUAAGUUUUCACAAAUGUCAAUUAAUUAUUUACAACAUUUAUAAUUUAACUUGUAUUUGUUAGUAAAGCAAAACACGAUUGAGUUACUCACGAGGCUAAUGUUUCAUUUUGCCAAGCACACUUAGAAAUGGGUACGGGGAAAAAUUACCCCAAAAAGGCCUCAAAAGAUGAAGGAAUUAUCGCAACAGCUAGCAGAUGAACUAAAUUCUUGUAGAUAACCAAUACGAAGUGCUGCAAAAAGGAAAGAGACGUUAAGGGUUUGGAAAAGGGAACUAUUCUCUGCAAUUAUGUAGUCCCGUAGAAACAACCCCAAAUUCCGAAGAAACAGUUCAUUGACACCAUCUACAUACCCAUUACUUAGCUUGGAAAACUGGAGGAUGAUUCAACUUCGCUAUUAUCACGAAGUGCACGCAAUAAACCCAUCAGCACUUUGAUAACCCAAAUAAAAUGCUGCUGAAGAGGAGAGGCGACGGGAUCAUCAUGAAAUCAUGCAGGCCAUUCUUCCUCUUCUUCUUUACUGACAUAGACACCGCUUACGCGAUUAUAGUUAACAACCGCGCGCCAGUCGUUUCUUCUUUCGCUACGUGGCGCCCUUCUCCACUUGGUCCUUCCAACGGAGUGGAGGUCUUCCUCUUCCUCUGCUUCCCCCGGCGGGUACUGCAUCGAAUACUUUCAGAGCUGGAGUGUUUUCGUCCAUUCGGACAACAUGUAGCCAGCGAAGCCGCUGUCUUUUAAUUCGCUGAACUAUGUCAAUGCCUUCGUAUAUCUCGUACAGCUCAUCGUUCCAUCGAAUGCGAUAUUCGCCGUGGCCACUACGCAAAGGACCAUAAAUCUUUCGCAGAACCUUUCUCUCGAAAACUCGCAACGUCGACUCAUCGGUUGCUGUCAUAGUCCAGGCCUCUGCACCAUAUAGCAUGAUGGGAAUUAUGAGUGACUUAUAGAGUUUGGUUUUUGUUCGUCGAGAGAGGACUUUACUUUUCAAUUGCCUACUCAGUCCGAAGUAGCACCUGUUGGCAAAAGUAAUCCUGCGUUGGAUUUCCAGGCUGACUUUGUUGGUGGUAUUAAUACUGGUUCCUAAAUAGACGAAAUUAUCUACAACUUCAAAGUUAUGACUGUCAACAGUGACGUGAGAGCCAAGUUGCGAGUGCGACGACUAUUUGUUUGAUGACAGGAGAUAUUUCGUCUUGCCCUCGUUCACUGCCAGACCCAUUUCCUGGAGAAAACAGAACUAACGGCGCGGGUAUUGAGGCCAAUGAUAUCAAUAUCAUCGGCAUACGCCAGCAGCUGUUAGUUACGUAGGCCAUUCUAAGCGUAACUAAUUCCAUAACGGAAUUAUUAAAUCUUCUAAUAAUAAUCUAAAAUAAUUUCUAAAGUUUGAUUAAAAUAAUAAUAGCUUAUGUCUAAUACUAAAAUUAAUAAUUUAUGAAUA